GAUAUGCAAAGGGUUGGUUCAGAACUUUGUGAACUCUCAUUCUCUUUUUCUCUCUGUAAAAAAAAAAUAUUAUGUUUUUCUCUCUUUAAAAAAACGUCGUCGAUAGAAGCCGAUUGUUACGGUGCUAGAAUCAACUCCUUUUAGAGAGAGAGAGAGAGAGGGAGAGGGAGGAAGAGAGAGAAAAAUGGCAGCAGUGAAGGUGUUCGGACCUCCCAUGUCCACGGCCGUUGCUAGGGUUCUGGCCUGCCUCUACGAGAAGCAGGCCGAAUUUGAGCUCGUACGCAUUGAUAUGUCCAAAGGCCAGCACAAGAAACCUGAAUACCUUGCAAUUCAGCCCUUCGGCCAGGUCCCUGCCUUUCAGGACGAGAAUGUUAUUCUUUUGGAGUCUAGAGCAAUAUCUCGGUACAUAGUUGAUAAAUACCAGGACCAAGGCACACCAGGCCUCCUCGGCUCCAACUUCAUCGAGCGCGCCUCCAUUGAUCAAUGGAUUGAAGCCGAGGCUCAAAGCUUCCAACCACCAAGUGGUGCCCUUGUUUUCCAGCUGUUCUUCGCACCCCUGAUGGGCCUCAAAACCGACAAAGUCAUCAUCGACCAAAACCAAGCCAAGCUCGAGAAGGUCCUCGACAUAUAUGAAAAGAUGCUUGAAGAAAACCGCUUCUUGGCUGGAGAUAGGUUUACUUUGGCUGAUCUCACUCACUUACCUAAUUGUGAGUAUUUGGUGCAAAAGACUGAUAGGUCAGGGCUUAUACUCGGCCGGAAAAAUGUGAGGAGGUGGUGGGAGGAGAUUUCUAGUCGUCCAGCUUGGAAGAAGGUAGUGGAGUUGCAGGUUGCUCCUCCCAAGUAGAUGAUGUGUUUUAAGCGUAUUUUUAUGGUAUUGAUGGCGAAUUUUCUUCUUCUUUACUUUCAUGGAUUAGGUCUCUUACCUAUGUUCUCAGUUAAUAAAAAUGCGUUGUAAAAAACCGGCCUAGUCAACUAGACUCACCCAGAUACUGAGUGUUUUAUAUGUAAAACUCGAGUGGAACCAAGUUUUUGGUCAUAUGUAUAGGUUUUUUGUGUUGUUUUGAGCAAUGAAUACCAUCUUAUGUUUAUAAU